AUGCCAUUCACCCAAGUCACCCUGAACGACGGCCAUACCAUCCCCGGCAUCGGCUUUGGCACCUGGAAAGUACCCAACGAAGUUACAGCUGCUCAGGUAACGCAAGCGCUGGAAGCGGGGUUUAGGCAUAUUGAUACUGCUGAAAUCUACGGCAGCGAAGCCCAAGUCGGCCAAGCCCUCUCCUCCACCCUCUCCACCCUCUCCUCCCCCACCGCUUCCCUCAAACGCAAAGACAUUUACAUAACAACAAAAUGGUUCAACAUCUCCAACCGCACCCCCCGUCAAUCCCUCCUCCUCUCCCUCCAAAACCUCGGCCUCGACUACGUCGACCUUUACUUGGUGCAUCAGCCGUUUUUGGUGAAGGGGGAUUUUGAGGGGGUGUGGAGGGAGUUUGAAGGUUUGAAAGAGGAGGGGUUGGCGAGGUCUAUUGGGGUUUCAAACUACACAAAGGAACAGCUCGAACAAACCCUCGCCUCAGCCACCACCCCCCCCGCAGUCAACCAAAUCCUCCUCCACCCCUACGUCAUCUCCAAGCAAGGUCCUCUCCUCGCUUACCUUGCAGAGAAGAAUAUAGUGGCGGAGGGGUAUUCGAGUUUGGUGCCUAUUACGAGCAAGAAGGGUGGGCCUUUAGAUGGGGUGUUGGAAGAGAUUGCGGGGAGGCUUCAAAAGACGCCGGGACAGGUUUUGUUUGGGUGGUCGAAAGCUAAGAGGGCUGUCAUCGUCACCUCGUCCUCCAAAAAAGACCGGCUAGAAUCAUACCUCGCUGUCGGGGAUAUAACGCUCACGGAUGAAGAUGUUAGGUCUAUUGAUGAAGCUGGUAUCAAGGGGGAUAUUAUUGAAGAGUGA